CAGAUGCACGCAGCUCAGCGCGCCUCGCGGUUCCGUGCUCAGUCUGGAGUGGCGCGGCCGUGGCAGCAGAAUAUUGGGCUGUAAAAACAGGAGAGACAUUUGCGCUGUUGCCUCGAUGCGAAACGUGGGCUUUUAGGAGACGUGAAAGGUCCUCAUAUUGCAACGAUGUGUGGAGGGAGCAGGGUGGCCUGUUUGUGUCUUUUCGUUUGCUUGCUCGUCACCAACAGCGUGCCGGGCGGGAAAAGCUCUGGGCAGAACGGCGUGACAGAUAACACCACAGUGUUCACCAAGAUCUUAGACAGCCUUCUGGAUGGCUAUGACAAUCGCCUCAGGCCAGGACUGGGAGAGCGUGUAACUGAAGUCAAGACUGACAUUUUUGUGACUAGCAUCGGACCGGUUUCGGACCAUGACAUGGAGUACACCAUUGAUGUCUUCUUUAGACAGAGCUGGAAGGAUGAAAGAUUAAAAUUCAAAGGCCCCAUGGCCGUGCUGCGCCUGAACAAUUUGAUGGCCAGCAAGAUCUGGACCCCCGACACUUUCUUCCACAAUGGCAAGAAGUCAGUGGCCCACAACAUGACAAUGCCAAACAAGCUGCUGCGGAUUACAGAGGAAGGCACCCUAUUGUAUACCAUGAGGCUUACAGUGAGAGCAGAAUGUCCUAUGCAUCUAGAGGACUUUCCUAUGGAUGCUCAUGCCUGUCCACUGAAGUUUGGCAGCUAUGCUUACACCAGAGCAGAAGUGGUGUACGUGUGGACCCGAGGUGCUGCCCAGUCUGUGGUGGUGGCGGAGGACGGCUCCAGGUUAAACCAGUACGAUCUGAUGGGGCAGAGUGUGGAUUCUGGAGUGGUGCAGUCCAGCACAGGAGAGUAUGUCGUGAUGACAACCCACUUCCACCUGAAGAGGAAAAUUGGUUACUUUGUGAUCCAGACAUAUCUACCCUGCAUCAUGACAGUCAUCCUCUCCCAAGUGUCUUUUUGGCUCAACAGAGAGUCGGUCCCUGCCAGGACUGUCUUUGGAGUGACCACUGUCCUGACCAUGACCACUCUCAGUAUCAGUGCCAGGAACUCACUUCCUAAAGUGGCCUACGCCACAGCUAUGGACUGGUUCAUCGCCGUCUGCUACGCCUUCGUCUUCUCCGCCCUCAUCGAGUUCGCCACAGUAAACUACUUCACCAAGAGAGGCUACGCUUGGGACGGAAAAAGCGUGGUGCCGGAGAAGCAAAAGAAGAAGAAGGAGUCUCUCCUCAAGAAGAACAACACCACGGCUUACCCACCCGCCACAGCCACACCCUUCGCCCCCAAUCCUGCCAGGAACCCUGGAUUGGCCACAAUCGCCAAAAGCGCCCCCCCACCCCCCGACGAGCCCAAGGAGGAGCCAAAGCCCAAGCCUCCAGAGGCCAAGAAGACCUUUAACAGUGUGAGCAAGAUUGACAGGAUUGCCAGAAUAGCCUUCCCUCUGCUCUUUGGAACCUUUAACUUGGUCUAUUGGGCAACCUACUUGAAUAAGAAGCCCAAAUUGCAGGGGAUGAAUCCAACCUAAUCCAUAUCUCAUUCCUUUUAAAUUCAACCUGAUUUCAUUCUCUUUCUUAUUCCUCUUCAACAAAAAAAAAAAAAAAGAAGUGUUUAUUUUGAGAUAAACAUUGUGUCCAUGCUGGUUUGAAUUCCCAGUUAUUGCAUUGCUUCUAUGUUUACCAACAUUUUGAAGAUUUUGAAAACACAAAAAUACAGGAAAAAAGAUAGCAAAUGAUACAAACUUUUGAAAGAGUGUUGUUCAGGUCUAAGAUGAUGCUACUACAAAAUGCUUCUAUAAAUAUUUAGCCAAGAGAAUGCUAUUCUAGAACUGCACAUAGCCCAGCCCGAACUUGUUAAGGGGCUGUUGCUUCUAUUCUUCUUGCCUCAUUUGAUUUUUUUUUU